UGGGCUGACCGGGUUAUAAAACCUGAAAGGGUUCAUCCAGAGCCCACCAAAGAUUUUGAGGACGCCUGCGAGAAACUUCUCAAGGGUGAUUCUGUGACCGGGAAACCUUAUGCCUAUGGAGGCUGGGUAUUCCGGCUAUCUAAUCCGGAUGGGGGUGAAUCUGCGACCCAUGACGCAGAAGAUGACCGGGCAAACUCCCCGGAUGGUCAUGCUGAGGCCAGUUCUCAUCGUCCAGACAUGAACUUCAACAGGAUGACCACCAUCAUCGAGGAUGACGACGAUGAUGUCCAAGUUCUCCACUCCAACCGGUCUCCUAAUCGCAACUCUCCCUCCCCUCCUCAAAACCUUGGAGUUGAAGGGGCCUCAACUGCUCGGUGCUCUUCCUUUGAUGAUCUCAUUCGAGAUAAGCAGGUUGGAGUCCUAUCUGAAGAGAUUGGCCAGUCACUCAUCGAGCCAACCAACCAGGUCUCCCAACUGAAUCUCCUGCUUGACUCGGCCAAAUCAGAAAUAAAUGACCUGGUCGAGAGGGAGAGAAGGUUAGAAGUAGAGCUGAGGGCUGAGAGGGCCUUGCUGGAGGAGGAAAGGGCCAGAUCUGCCCGGUUGGAGGAGGAAGGCAAGAGGAAGGUCGCUGAGCUUGAAGAGGCGUUGGCCCAAGCUGAAGAGACUGCCCGGUCAAAAGAGGAGGCCUUUCCUGAUGAUGCUGCGAUCUGGGCCGGCUGCCAUCACACUGAAGUCGCCCGGUCCAUUCUCACCAAUCCGGAGGACACCAUGGAUUUUUUCAAGACUAUGUACAAAGAACCGGAGGGCAUGAGGAUGAUAACUGAGAUCGGGUCAUACGGCUUCCAGUGUGGCCAGAAGGAUGAGAGGUCCCUUCUCUAUGCCAGGCUCCAGAAGAGGGACCCUUCAUUUGACCCGGCCAAGAUGAAGCUUCCUCCUUUGUACAAGGAAGAGCCAGCCCCCCCUUUCCCUUUGCAGUAG